CGACUGUCAUGACCGGAGGUGUGUUGCUUUUCACAUACGUGGCUGUCUCUCUGAUUAUAACGCUGUAAAAUGUAAAGCACCGAUAACUUUUAAAUCCCUGGAGGUAACGAAGCAGACCGCUAGCCUUUCAGUUAACGUACUGCGGAGCACUCUGUCGCAAAAACGUCAACGGUCUUCCUGCAGCGGUUUACGUUAGUCACUGCAAUGAGGGACCAGACUGCAGUUGUCGUGGUGUUUUUUAUUUGAGUGUGUCUUUACAGACUGACACUCUGACUGUUGGAGGAUGGAUCCUGUAGUGCUGAGCUACCAGGACAGCCUGUUGCGGCGCUCUGACGUCUCCUUACUGGAAGGACCGUACUGGCUCAACGACCAAGUCAUUGGUUUUGCCUUCGAGUACUUUACUUCUGAGCGCUUCAGAGUCUUGGGAGAGACCAUCACCUUCAUCAGCCCGGAGGUCACCCAGUUCAUCAAGUGUGCUUCCUGCCCCAACGAGCUCGCCCUAUUUCUGGAGCCGCUGGAUCUUGCUUCUCGUCACUGGGUCUUCCUCGCCGUCAACGACAACUCCAACCAAACCGCCGGCGGAUCCCACUGGAGCCUUUUGGUCUACCAUCACACCUCCAACCACUUUGCACACUAUGACUCUCAGAACGGCAGCAAUUCCCUGCACGCGCGGCGCAUCGCCAUCAACUUGGAGCCUUUCUUGGGCGCGGGGAGGAAAGCGCUGUUUGUGGAGGAGCCCUGCCCGUCGCAGCAGAACAGCUAUGACUGCGGCAUGUAUGUUAUCUGUAUCGCGGAGGCCUUGUGUGAGAAGGCCAGGGUGGAGGGCUCGCCACGCCUUCCUGUGCAAAUCAUCACCCCGGCCUACAUCACCCAGAAGAGGGCUGAAUGGUGCAGACUGAUCCAGAGUCUAGCUCAGAAUGACCUCUGCUGCGCUCUGUCCUUCCCUUAGCACGCUGAUCGGCCCUUACUAUAUGCAGAACAGCUGUCUACAUAUCUACUGCUGGAGCAUCUGAAUGCACUCCUCCAAUACAGUAUAUAACUAAGUAUAUUUCUAUUACAGUCUCUGUCAUACUCCAUAAAAAUGGAUGCAUUGUUACGAAUCUUUACUGAUACUUGGUGUCAUGUUUAUGCCUUGUAUAUGCACAGCAACAUACAAUAUGUAAACUUGAACACCAGCAUGCCUAUAGAGGAAUUUACUCCCGUGUACAUAUUGAGUGAGGAUGGAGAAUAUGUCAUAUCAGAGAGGAGGCACAGACUUUCUUUUUCUCCAUUGUAUUAGUUCGGGGCGAAUGUAGAAAUGUUUACACAGAUUAUUGCUCAGGGUCAUUUUAAAUGAACUAGAAUUGACGAUAAGAUUGUGAAUCUUAACUUUGGCUCCUACUUUAUGUCACAUAUUCAUUCCGUCUGUUUAACAGGCGUUAUGUCUACGACUACAAACAUUUAAAAAAAAAACUGCUGUAUGAGGGUGAGACGUGUGCUGUGACUGUUUUAUGGGACAAAGGGCAAUGCUGAGUGGUGGAAUGUGUGAUAUGUUCUCACAAAACGCAAACUCAUUGUCUGUUGAUCUAAUAAAUUGUAUUGUCACAUUUUUGUUGACAAAAUGGUAAA